CCCCUUCUCCAUAUCACCACUAAAAUGCUCUUUGCCUUCUACCCUUUCCUACUAUUCCUCCUGAAUUUGCAAAGUUUUGUUUCUCUCUCUAUCCUAUUAGGGUUUCCUCUUUCAGGGCUCACUCCUUCCUAACAAAUCUGUGAAGAGAAAGCUACUUUUUUUUUUUUUUCUCUUUUCUUGAAAGGAACAAAGAGAAUUGCUAGUUCUUGAACCUUGAAAGAGCUUCUUCAAGGAAAAGGUACUACUUUUCUUUUAAUAAAGUACAUCUGAUCAAAGAGACCAAGAUCAUCAAGAACAGAUAUUCAAAAAAAUGGCAUCAUCAUCAUCAAGCAGCUACAACUCACCAUGUGCAGCCUGCAAGUUCUUGAGGAGGAAAUGUAUGCCAGGUUGCAUAUUUGCACCAUACUUCCCACCAGAGGAGCCUCAAAAAUUUGCAAACGUCCACAAAAUCUUCGGAGCCAGCAAUGUCACCAAACUCCUCAACGAGCUCCUCCCUCACCAGAAAGAGGAUGCAGUCAACUCCCUUGCCUUUGAAGCCGAGGCUCGAAUCCGCGACCCUGUCUAUGGUUGUGUUGGUGCCAUUUCUUUCCUUCAAAGACAAGUCCAACGCCUCCAGAAGGAACUUGAUGCCGCCAACGCGGAUCUCGUCCGCUAUGCUUGCAAUUCAUUGCCACCACCGCAACAAAUAACAACAAAUAAUUCAAUGGUGAGGAGAAGGGUUAGUAAUCCUGAAGCAAGUUUUUAUACUAACAACCCUCCUCCUCCUGCUGCUGGUGGUUUGGCUCUUCCUUAUAAUUAUAGUUUUCCUUGGAAUGAUGGCAAUGCUUCAGGGGAAGGAGGAGGUCAUGAAGGGAAUAUUUGAUGAAACCCAACAUUCGGGUUUCUAUUGGUAUAUGAGGUAUGAUGUGAAUCAUUAAUGGAGUCUAGCUAUACAUAUAUUGUUGUAUAUAUAGCUAGCCUUCACAUGGAGAACUCUUGAGCUACAAAACCUAAUUUAAUUAUUUGUUGGGUAUAAAUAAACGUCAUGCUAGAACACUUAAGCAUGUCAAUUAUAUUAAUGUUUUAGCAUGGGAUUGGGAGUUUAUUAAUCAAUAAGGUUGUGUGUAUUUUGUUGGGUCAUUAGUGCAACUCUAGGCAUGUGCAUGUGAAGUUGCUCUCUCAUGUUAUAUGAUAUUGUGUCUUUCAUUGUUUAUGCUCAAGAAUAUUUGCAAAAAAUUUGUUAAAUUUUAAAGAUGAUUCUCUAUAGCCCAAGUCUAGGGCUUAAUUAGUCCUAUAUUUUAUACUACACAUAUAUAUUCUUACCUUUGUUUCUGCAGCUAGCUUUGUUCUUACUUGGAGGACCACUAUAGCUAGCUAGCUAGGUUUUCUUUGUCAGCAAUUUUAGUUUUAUUAAUUGGAGUUUUAUUGACUGCCAUAGGUUUAUGAAGGACUCAUCACUUAUGUAUAUAGUAGAUGA